CGGCGACGCGGGCGGCGCGGGCCUCAGGAGUGUACAUCAGAGGAAGCCAAAAGCCAGCUGGAAUAGUUCCUGAAUGUGCUUUUAAUCUUGUUUACAAUUACUCUGAAGGAGAAAAAACCAUCUGGAUCAGACUUAAGAUGCUCUGGUUUCGAGGAAAUACCAUGCAGCUUGCCAGAACCUCCUUCGUAACCUUCUGGAGAAAUCUCUGUGCUUCUAAGACAACUCUGCCAGUGCUGACUUUAUUCACAAAGAAUCCAUGUCCCCUUUGUGAGGAAGCCAAGGAAGUGCUCGAGCCUUUUAAGCACAGGUUUAUUUUACAGGAGGUGGACAUCACACUACCAGAAAACUCUGCUUGGUAUGACAGGUAUAGAUUGGACAUUCCUGUCUUUCAUCUGAAUGGCCAGUUUCUGAUGAUGCAUCGAGUAAACACCUCAAAACUUGAAAAACAGCUCCUGAAACUUGAGCAGCAAGAAGCUAGCAAGUGACUAAUGCCCUCGUGCUUUGCCACCCUCUCUGGUCAUAAGGCUGCUUCUAGUGGAAAUGACCACAGCCACACACUCCUGCUGUCAUUUUCACAAAGCCCAAAGGAUGUUCUGAACUCACUGGUGCCAAAUACAUGUUGACAUUCGUCUUCUCAUGGAUGGACGUGCCCAUGUGGGAACUGUUUGCUUACUGGCAUUUUCUAGAAAAAAAGGAGUGUGUUGGCAGGGAGGGAGUGAUGGAGAAGGAAAUGUCUGUUUGUCUUGUUUGUUUUUCCCUCUUAUAUGAACAUGGAAGCACUUUCCAUGCACUGCACAGUGCCAUUUGUACGAAGGAGGCUCUGUGUCCCUGCUGCUGCCCUGGAGGGCUUAACUUUUUAGUGAAAGAAUAGAUGCUCUUCUAUGCAGUAGAUCAAGUGAAAUGUGAAUUGUUAAUAACCGUGCACAGUCAAUAAAGGGAUGUUUUAGAGAAUACAUCUGCCUGAAGCCUAUUUCACUGGGAUUUAAUAAUACCUGUUUAAAAUUAGAAUUCAUUUAUGUUGGGUAGAAGAGAAUAAUUAUCUU